AUGGCGCGCGAGUUACGGCCGGGGUCAACAGCGUGCAUCACGCACAAACACACGCCGCAAUAUAGCGGCGGCGGCGGCGCUGCACCUGCCGCCUGCCCCUGCGUGCACGCAGCCCGGCGCGCGUCAGCCCGCGACUGGCGUCAACAGCGCCGGCUGCACCCCUCUGCUGGGACAGGACGGAGCGCACUGGGAAUAUCUGUGGAAUGCUGUGGGUCGUGGCAAUUGGCCUCCGGCGAGGGGAAAUGGGACGAGGCCAGCGCUAAGGCAGCCCUGCAGCAGGACGGCCCGGGUGGCAGGGCCAGGGGAUGCUCACAGCCGGCGAUUUUCGCAGCAGCAGCAGCAGCGGCGGCGGCGGAGGCGGAGGCGGCGGCGGCACGCGACGCCGGCCCUGCCGUCCGGGGGCCCGCUAGUAGCGAGCACGGCCUGCAGAGGCGCGCGCGGCGCUCGCUAUCGAGCUACGGCGGCGCGGGCGGGCGGGGGCGGGGGACGGGCGGCGGCGGCGGCGGCGGCGGUCCAGUAGCGGCGCGGCGGCGGCGCCGGCACGCGCCCGGCCCGCUGCCGCUGCCGGCUCACACACGCGCCGACCGCCGAGUACGAGCCGCCACGCGCGCGCACACACGGGGAAGGACCAGCGCCGAGGAGGCGGCGGUGGCGGCGGCGGCGCGGCAGACGCCGGCGGGCCGGUGGGCCCGCGAGGAGCCGGGGGCUGCAGCGCUGCGCGCCCGCCGCGUGAUCAAUACGGCGCCCGAGGCCAGCCGCCGCCGCCACUUGAAGACAUUUGGUCCCCUUCAACCAGCUGUAGUUGGCAUUAUGAGCGACGCGGUUCGCAAGCCCCCGACGGAACUCGACGCCGCACACGCACGUCUCGGAAAAGAUGAGAAGAGAGAGAGGAAACUGCGAGUCGUCGUCGGUGGAGAUCGAUAG